AUCUGGGUUCCCAGCCCCCCGCUCUCCCCACACUUGAUGGCAAUGGGAGGCUCCUCCCUACCUUGCUCCUGCGGCCGUUGGUCGAGGGCAGGCAAGACUCGGGGGCAUCUGCACCCCAUGUCUGUGGUGUGGACCUGCACAGAUGCCCACAGGGAAUAGGGGCUAUAUAUGGUUCAGGACUGACCCACAGAUUUCGACUUGAUUUGGCUCGGGACACACAAACUUUCCUCCCCAAACUGCAAACGCAAGGAACCGCGAUGGGGGCUGCACAACAGGAAAUGUUUUCGAACCGUUACUGAGAUGAGGCCCAGGUCUCUCAGCGAACAGUUCACGGCGGCCGCUGUUUUGUUCAAGCUCGGCAGCGGUUGUUAUGCUGUGGUUCAGCUUCCACUUUCUUUUCUAUGCUAUAAUUAAUGAACGGUUAUAACUCCCACGACACCCACAAAGAUGGCAAGUAAGAAAUAAAGUCAUGUGUGCUGCCGCUAAUAGAGAAAUGAAAAAAUCCAGGCUGUGUACAGAAGUCUCCAGCUGCUAACAGAGAAGCCCAAAGCUGAACACCAGCAUAACAAAGGCUGGUGCCCAUUAUCAAUAAAGCCAGGCCAUAGUGUAGCUAGUAAACAAUUAUUUUUAUUAUAAUAAAAAAAAAAGCCAGACAUGGCUUCACUCAUAGGACGUAAAAAAAAAUGUUGUACAGCUUAAAAUACAGUGUCAAAUUAUUACAAACAAAUCGAUCCUGAACUUUCAGUCGUAUUUCAGUGCAAAUGUAAGUUCAAGACUCGUGAUAGAGGUGAUAUCUUUUAUUAGAGCAACAAGAUUUUUGCAAAAAAUGUCUUUAAUUGCAAGCUUUUGGGCACAAACACCCCUCAUCAGGCACUGGAGAAAAGAUUGUGUCUGAAAGCUUGCAAUUAAAGAAUUUUUGUUGCAAAAAUCUUGUUCGUCUAAUAAAAGAUCUCAUCUGUACUAUGAGUCCUGAUUCCCUUUUCCUCUAGUUCAAUACCUGACACAAUGUAAGUUCAGGCACUAAUGGAAAGAAAAAACCCCCCAAAUGUUACCAAUCAAAAUUGAAACACUAAUUUAAGCAUUUCUCAAAAGAGAAGCAUUUCUCACAGGGAAGGACUGAUUCAAAGCGGUAGGGGAGGAGGUGUGCCUUGUCACCUCAUCCGAGCCCGGUCCCUUUGCAGUUUAGCAGAGGCCGUGGAAGGCCGGGGCUAAGGGGGUUUAGCCCCCCAGACACAGGCAGCCCAGGCGCGCACAGACAGACAAGCAGCCAGAGCCUGCAGGAGCCCAGCCUGGCCCCACGGCAUGUGGAGCAGCGCCCAGCUGAGCGGCACUUGAGACAAGCUGAGUAACUGAUGGCUGGAGACGUCACAGACGGUCAGAGCCGGUUCCUACUUGGCCAGUCACCGAGGAACGAACUGAAGUAGCUGCAACCUCAAGCAACUGGAAGCUGCAGGAGACAGGGGGACGUUCCGGCAGACGCGGGCCACCCCCAGGACCCCCCACCCCCCACAAGACAGCAUGUGGCUCAGACCCCUUCCCAGGUGGCAUCAUCCCGGGGAAGACCCUCGCUAUUCACGGAGUGGGGCCCACACCUGUGACGGUACCGGUAGCCCGUGCACCCAUCGUGUGGAACGACUGUGCAACGUACCUGGAAAUGGGGUGACCCUGCAGCAUCCUGCGGGCUGCGCUGCGGCCCCUUGCGCCCAUCGCUGCGCGGGAGCACCCUCCGUGUCUGCGCGCAACGGCUGGACGCGGCGCACGAAGCUGCUGCAAAGGUGGCGCCAGGCUCCCGGCUGCUGCUCCUGCUGCUGCUCCUGGGCGCGGAGACCGUGCCAGGAGCCCAUGCUGGCUCCCACUCCUACCGGCAUUUCUACACGGCGGUGUCGGACCCCAGCCUGGACGUGCCUGUCUUCACUGCCGUGGGCUACGUGGACGACCAGCAAAUUCUCCGCUACGACAGCGAGACGCAGAGACAGGAGCCGCGCGGGGACUGGGUGCAGGGUGCCGUCGACCAAGACUUCUGGGACGGGGAAACCAGGAGCUUGCGGCGCUGGCAGGACGGAUUUAAACGGAACCUGCUCACCCUGCGGCAUCGCUACAACCAGACCGGGGUUGGGAUGCCAUCCUCAGCUCCAUGGUAGCUUUGGCCCGCCUAACUGCCUCCCUACAAGCACGAGCAGAGGAGGGUCUCACACGCUCCAGUUCACGUACGGCUGUGAGCUCCGCGCGGACGGCAGCGCUGGAGGCCACAUGCAGCUGGGCUACGACGGGGCAGACUUCAUCAGCUAUGACCUGGCAACGCGCACCUGGGUGGCAGCCCCAGCACAGGCCCAGCGCACCCAGCGCAGGUGGAAUAUGGAUACGGCCAUUGUUCAGACUGCAAGUGCCUACCUGGAGGAGACCUGCAUCACAUGGCUGCGGCAGUACCUGCGGCACGGGGAGGCAGCGCUGCAGAGCAGGCGUCCCGUGGCACAGGUGAGCGACAGGCCGUCGUCCCGAGACGGACGCACCACCCUGUCCUGCCGGGUCCACGGCUUCUACCCCCGGGACGUGGCUGUCGUGUGGCUGAAGGACGGGGAGGCGCAGCCCCAGGAGACGAGGCGCUCGGGGGUCGUUCCCAGCGGGGACGGGACCUACCAGACCCGGGCCACCAUCGAGAUGGACCCGAGCAGCGACCACGACUACACCUGCCGCGUGGAGCACGAGAGCCUGGGGGCAGCCCUGAGAGUGGCCUGGGACAAGGGCAGGGCGGGGUACGACCCAGUGAUGAUUGUGGGUGUCGUUAUCGGUGCCAUGUUGCUGUUCGGUGCCAUGACGGGCACAGCUGGUUAUUUCCUCGGGAGACGGGGAAAUAAAGGAGCGCCUGCCCACGAAGCCUGUGAAGCCUUGUAGCUCUCCGAGGGAGCAACACCCACUUCAACUCCUGCCUUGAAUGUAACUGCGAGGGGCUCUGGCCGGAGGGUCCCCCAAAGGAGACGCCGCCCCUCUCUGAGCCAGCCCUGGGAGCCGGGUCCCCCCAGUCCGGGCGGGUGCGAGGCCGAGUGCUGGGGAGCUGCGUGGCUGGGUCUGUGCCAGCCUCUGCUCCUGGGGGAGACGGGGUGUCCAUCGCCAUCCCAGGCAGCCUGGGCUCUGGGCCCUGCGCGUCCGGGGAAGGGGCUGCAGCAGAGCAGAGCUAGCGCGGUGCCGAGGACCGCCCUGGGAGGUGCGUUGGGAAGGGGCAUCUCCUUGCCUCGGUGCAGGGAGAGACCCAGGGUGGAGCCAAGGCCAGGUCUGUGGCUGCCCGGUGCUGCCAUCUCCCGUGUGCUGUCCGCACAGCCGAGUGGAGUCUGAUGGGGGCUGCGGGGACAGGACUUGAUUAUGCCAAAUCACUGCAGUGCCUGGAAUCACCUCCAAGUUUUCAUAGCUAAGAAAGAAGUCCUCCUGUGCACAGGAGAGCGGCUGGGGCAAAACUGGGUCACAGGCAGUGUGUAAGGGAGGCGUGGGGGGGCAUGUGCCCCCGAGAUUGCCCCUCAGCGACUGGGGAGUGGGGAGCGCUGGCCAGUCCCCCCCACCCUGAGAUGCACCAGCGGCACUUCCAGGUUUGGAGGUGGCACUUGCGGGGGUGGUGAUUGGCCCCCGGGGGACCCGCCCAUGUCGGCGAUGGGUUGCUGGUGCGCGCCCAGAGUGGGGAGGCACCAGUUGCCCGUGAACUGGGUUGUGGUGGUAAGACUGCCACAAGGACGAGCGGUGUCUUCUGCCCGCAGGGGCCUGGACCUGCCCCCCACGACGCCGCGUCCCUUCCCCCUCCCCUUCCCCUGGACACUUACAGCCGAGCGCUGCUCUUCCGCGGCCGGGCUGCGGAUCAGACAUCGGAUCAGUGUUGGCUGCUCUGCCUCCUUAGAAAUCGGUACUGGCCCCCAAAUCCCUAUCGGCGCAGCCCUGCAGCCCGACAGGCGUAGGGAAGAGCUGUUGGCACCAGUCCCAGACCCACGGUGGUGCUAGGCGGGGAGCUCCUGGAGGCAGGGGCGAGACGCAGGGGGUGCAGGCUGGUGAACGCGCACCCCUGAGCUUGGGGCUGCACCCCUGCAAAACGGCACAGCCGACACUGUUGGCAGCGCCUGCGGGCGGUCACCGGUCACCCCCCACUGCCAACACCGCUGGUGCUGUCUGCGGGCGGUCCGUGAUCCCUGCUGUCCACUGCCAACGCUGCCAGUGGCAGCUGUGGGUGGUCGCCGGCCCUUGGCCAGCGCUCGCCAGCCCCCCCGAACAGCGCCGGGAGCUCCCGCUUACUGCCGCCACCGCGCUCCCGCUGCCUCUGCCGCCCCCGCCACCACCGUGCCCCCAGCUGCCGGGCACACGUCGCUCAUGCCCGCAGGCAGUGGCAGCGCUGUCGGCGGGGGACGGGGGGGGCAGGGUGGCGAGCACCGGCCAGCGGUCAGCGACCACCCACAGACCCCGCCGGCAGCGUUGGCAGUGGCCAGCUGCACUCACGGACCGCCCGCAAACCCCACCGGCGGUGCCACGGCGAGGGGGCGAGGUGUGACAGCGACCCCCGCAGGGCGACAGGCUGCACCGCACUCAAUGCCCGAGCGCCUGCCUCUUGUUUCCAGCCCAGACUGCAGGUUCACGGAGCUGCCUCCACACGAGGGAAACGCCUUGCCCGGGAGAGCCUUUCAUCUGCCCACUCACCUGCAAAAGAUAAAGCAUUGUGACCAGAAGGAAACGGUUCAGCGUCCUGCUGCCCGUCAGACAGCUUGGGGGCAAAGAGACUGCUCUUUUAUUGGAGCCUGACUGCACAGCACGAGCUUUUCCGACCAGGCGAUCUCACGGCGUCUUGGGCUCCGCUGUGACCUGCACAUUUUCAUUCCUACCUCCAGAGACAUUUGGCACUCUUGGAGAGAAACCCCCAGUUUUUCUUUUCUUUUUUUAGUUUAAAAAUACACUCCUCCCCUUCCCCUA